CCUGAGACCAGAACACUCACAGGUUCACCUUGUCCAGCUCCUUAAGCUUCUCCUAAAGCUCCUUGACAUGAACUUCAAUAGUGUGCUGUCCUGCCUCAGCCUGCUGCUGGCUGCUGCUGCUAGCCAGGACCCAAAACCCUGCGUUGCUCCACCGCUGAUGAGUGGAAGCUUUAGUGUGAUGGUUGGUAACGGACUCAUCAUGUCCCUUGGAACUAUAUCUUUUGAUGCUUUUGGUCAAAAGAUGCGGGUUAGAAGCUAUAGUGCUGUCGGCAAUGAGACCUUUGCUCUGGACCAACUGAUGAUUUUCAGCGAGAAAGUUUAUUAUGAGGUUGACUGGAGCAAAUUCUCCUGCAAGAAGAAGGCACUGGAUACCACCUUCACCCCCAUGCAUGUUCCAGAGGAUGCUCAACUGAUGGGUCAGGCAUUUCUGGGCUCCUCUUCCUCCUGGGGAAUGGGUGUGCUAGUCAACACCUGGCAUGGAGCCCUGCCACAGAAUGGGCAAUAUUCAACUGUCUUCACUGAGGUUGGCUGCAUCCCUCUCACCUUCACUGCCUACAAUCCAACAUCUGGAUGGAUCACUGUCAGCACCUACAACUGGGUAUUAGGCAACACAAACCCCAUGGACUACAUCCCUCCUUUCUUCUGUGCCAAGUCUAAACUGGAGGAGACGGAGACACCAGACACUAUGUUUACUGCUUUGGAGUCUCUGGCCAUGAAGACCAAGAAAGAGGAGUAAAACAUCUGGAGAUAAUCACUGAUAUUGAUCCAAAUGAUCCAGGAAUAAUCACAGAAUGUAAUGCUAUUUUGAUGAACAUGAAUGUGUGAGUGAAAUGUCAAAGCCAUUUUAAUACAUCACUCGACCCUGUUUGCAUUGUCAUAAAGGGGUAAAACCAACAAAUCCCAUUCCUUGGUAUUGCAGGUUACAGGAAAUCAUAAGAUGAUAAGAUAAUACGGGCAAAUCUAAACUCUAAGAUUGAAAAUAGCACUCACGUAGUUGCAUCUCUGCUAUAUGUUCUACCUGUGUCAGUCUGUUCA